CAUGUUAAUGCCACCUUGCUGUUGACAUGUUAGCGGUAUUUUAUUAGCUCAUAAUAUUCAGGUAACCAGUAAGCUGUAUUGUAGAACACAGAACAUUGCAAAACACCAACACACCAGUGGGAUUUUAUUUUUUAUUGUGUUCGAUGUUGUGACAGGAAAGAAAAAACAUGGCAGAGAGACCUGAAGACCUGAAUCUUCCCAACGCUGUCAUUACGCGGAUCAUCAAGGAGGCGCUGCCAGAGGGAGUGAAUGUAUCCAAAGAAGCAAGGAGGGCCAUAUCUCAGGCUGCCAGCGUGUUCGUCCUAUACGCUACAUCAUGUGCAAACAACUUUGCCAUGAAGGCCAAGAGGAAGACGCUGAAUGCAGGGGAUGUGUUGGCAGCCAUGGAGGAGAUGGAGUUCGAGCGCUUCCUGCAGCCGCUGAGAGAGGCCUUGGAGGCUUACAAGAAGGGGCAGAAGGGAAAGAAGGAGGCGUCUGAGCAGAAACGCAAAGACAAAGAAAAGAAAACAGAUGCAGAAGAGAAUGAAGAGGAAGAGGAGGAGCGCAUGGAGGAAGAGCAGGAAGGAGAGAACGAGGCAGAGGAGGAGGAGGGAGAAAACCAAGCGCUGGUGUGCCGCUCCUCAGGAAAUUGAACUUCUUUCCCAAAAGUGCACUGACAGCCAAUCCAGGUCCAGGAGAGAUGUGCAUUAAGGGCUCACGUCAAUCAAACUGAUCAAAAUGUCAAUCAAACUUACUGGAUUUGGCUGCCUGUAAGAAAGCACUAGUUGUGCACUUGUUCUUAAUGACAGAAUUAACCCAGUGAGGUUUUCGUCUCUUAAGAUUUUUUUAAAUAUUAUUGGUACAUGGAGAUUGUGUAUCAGUAUAAUAAUGAUCAAAGAUAAUGCAAUGUUUUCGGGAACAAAACUACAGUACCACAGUGUUUUAUUGACUCAACCCCAGCCUCCAAGCCCUUUUAUGAACAAUUUUUGUGUGGUUCUUUUUAUGCUAUGAAUACCUAGUGACAUACUGAAGCUACUGAAAUAAUAAUUUGUGUUUCCAAUUCUUUUGAUGAAAGAAUGAAAUCUGUCAGUUUAUACUUACGGGCAGCUGUGACAUACAGAGUUGGUUAAUAGUGUUAAGCAGUUGGAUGUAACCUGAAAAUCAGUUUGAUGUAGCUGAGACAUUUGAAAUGGCCUAUAGAAUGUGUUUGGUUUGAUGUUACUGUAUGUAUAGAAGUCCACUAAAAUGUAGCACUGCCCAAGGAAUAUUACUGAUUGGUUGUGGUCUGACACAACAGCCAAUGGCAGCCUGAUACCUAUGGACCAUUUGAAUGCCUUUUUGUCAAUGUUGGUCAAGACGUAUUCAAUUGUCAAGCCUCUUCCAUAUGACUUCAGACAUUCAAGAAAAGUGAGUGUUUAUCUUCAGUAUUAGACUAAAACGGAAGAGUUGCAAGGUUGGGGGUUCAGUCACCAGAUAGGCCACUGCCAUUUUACCUUACAGCAAGGCACCAAACCUGAACUUUGUCAGUACUGUAUAUAACCAGCUAUGUGAAAAUGAAAAUCAAAGAGAAACCUCAGCAUUUUGGAAAAUGCGUUUUAGCUUCAUGCUUCUUUGUCAUGGGCGCAUAUUUGGCAGCUAACAUUAAAUAGCUCAGAAACAGUGGGAUGUUCUGCCCAUAACCAGCAUGCGAUCCUUGUCUGUCAGGUUGAGGACUUAAGUCUAAAGCAAGUGAAAACAGUGAAGGCAACUUGAAGGCAAUGUGGCAGAAUUCGCAGAAUUAUCACUCUGUGAUGUCUGUUUGCACUGCAGUGUAAAAGCGUGGACUUAAAGUGCACGUCGGUGCAGCUGUGUCCUGUUUCGGAAAUGCCACUGCCAUAGAUGCUAAUCCCCUUGUCUUGGCAAACUCCCACUGUUUGCACUGAGGCCAUUUGU